AUGCCGGAGUCGAGUGCGCUGGGCGAGCUGUUCAUCGAAGGGCCAUCGGAUCCUGAUGCGCAAGCUACCGUGACGGACUUCAUUGACUACACCGAGUACCUGCCCUCCGACCUGGUCCGCUCCCUGACUUUGAUUCGCGGCCUCGAUGAACGGCGGCUCCCCGCAGAGUCUCGCCCGCAGCCGCAUAUACUACGCAAGCAGAUAUCAGAGCAGCUACGGCGCGCAGUCAACGCCCGUGAAUCGGCCUUUGCAGAGUCUUGCCGUCUCUAUGAUCUUGUGGACCACUACGUUGAUCGUCUCGGGAAUAUAAAAUCUAAGCUAUGCACGAUACUGGCGAAUCUAGGCUCGAUAAAGGAGGAAGAAGCUACGACUGAAAAGAGACCAGGCACCGCAGAAGGGACAGGUACAGCGCCUCGGAUCACCCUUCGAGUGGACGGUCAGAAGACUUCAGGAACUGCUCGUCGUCAAGAUACAACAUCACAGAAAAAGUCGAGGAGCCAAAAACCACCGGCCACUUCUAAGGCCGGCGUUGCACUACUGGAAAGCCCAGUAGCGGGCGGCCCAUCCUUUGGUCUACAUCCGGAUCAAGUCCUGGAAAAGACAAAGAAGGAAAAACAACCCAAGAAACAAAAGUCGACACAGCCUACAAACAAGUCGGCUGCCGACGCAGCCAAACCAGCGCCCAUUUUGGAACCCCCUCCCGAGGACGCCGUAAUUGGUGGUGAGUAUCGGCCAUGGCUACGAUUGACAGAAUGGGAAAUGGCAAGACUACGGAAAAAGAUGAAGAAGAACAUAGUCUGGCAGCCUAGCGAUGUCAUGAUACAGCGAGAACUGGCCCUGGGAUCUCGUGGUUGGGAUGGCUAUCUGGCUGCCAAACAAAAGGCCGAGGAGGAAGGCACCGAUUUUGUGGAUUGUGAUGAUAUCAUGAACACUUAUUCCCCUAGUAUACCCGCCUUCAAAGGUGCUGGAAUGCCGCCGCAGUUAAGGAACGAGGAAAGCAAAACCAUUCUCAAUCGAGGUAUGAAACUCAACGAAGCAAAGAAGCAGAAGCGUGAGAGCCUGGCUCGGGAACAAGCCGCUGCCCUUGCCGCUGCGGAGGCGGAAAUGGCAGCCAAACGUCUUGGAAAUAUUGGCUCUACCUUCAAGAAUCUGUUCUCGAGUCCUGCGCAGCCAUCACAGACUUCGGCUCCCACACUACCCGCUCCAUUUGCGCCAUCUGUUGUUCCUGAUAGCGUUCAAAACACUGGAUCUUCAGGCAAUACUAAUAAUCAUAAUGCUCCCUCUCUAGCUAAUGAUUCAACAGCUACGCCUAAGCUAAAGACAAAACCGAGCACGUCUAAGAAGAGAAAACUAGAUGAAUUAGUUGAUGCCGUACCCUCUGGGCAAGAAAAGGGCGGCUCAAGACCUGUAUCAGCCGGGGCCAGUCCGUCGACCAAACCUGCUCCCAAAAGGCUACAGCUCACAAUGCCCGCCGCUGAGAACCAGCCUCCCGCUGGGAUGAAGAAAUCUGCUAAGCCUACCAUAUCACUGAAACUCCCUGUCCUUCCACCCAGGCCAGGCUCCAAGAUAUCUUCCCCCAUGACUUCCCCUGCUGAACCAAAAUCGGCUGUUGAAUCCUCGACUCGCCGCCGUUUAUCUGGUGUUUCCAAGGUCGUACGCAGCGCUACUCCUCCCGCUGUUGCCAGGACAUCAUCCCGUCGCCGUUCAAUUACCUCCGGAUCGAUCGAUUCUACCACCCGUGAACGUCUCCGGCGUAAGAGCACAACUCCAGCCAUCAGGGACAUCACUAAUAACCAAACAGCCAUCACAGCCACCGGAACCGCAACAACAACUGCCGCAGUAACAGCAGCUGGACGACGCAGCAAACGGCCUGCCCCUGGCCCUGUAACUGCCGGAGAGAACGGGGGUUCGGCAGUAAGCAUAGGCAAACGGAAAGCCAAACCGGCAGUUAAGAAGAAGAGAGACCAAAAGGACAACAAUAUAUCGUCCAAGUCCGAGGAUAUCCGUAUCGAUGAGGAUGGCGUGGUUGAAGAGAUUGAUCCAAACGAACCACGGUAUUGUCUCUGCGGAGAUGUGAGCUUUGGAACCAUGAUAUGCUGUGAAUACGAUGAUUGCGAGAGGGAGUGGUUUCAUCUUGACUGCGUUGGGCUGCCCGAAGUCCCCAGCCGCCUGGCCAAAUGGUACUGUCCUGAAUGCCGCAAGAAGCUAGACAAGAUACCUCCAGACGGCAUCGUACGCACAAGUGGCCGACGAUAG